GCACUUAAGAAUGAACAUUGAAGACAAGCUGGGAGGAUUAUUUCUUAAAUGUGGUGGCAUAGACCAGAUGCAGUCCUCCAGGGCUAUGGUAGGGAUGGGUGCGGUAUCUGACCAGUCCGGAGUGUCGGGAGAGCGGCAGGAGGCGGUGCUGCAGGAUCGGACUAUGGCCCACCCCGAGAUUCUGGCAACAGAUGAAGUGUUACAGGAGAGCGAACUCCGGCAGCAAGAGAUGAUUUCACAUGAUGAACUCAUGGUCCAUGAGGAGACGGUAAAAAACGAUGAUGACAUGGAUACGCAAGAUAGACUUCCUCAAGGGCUGCAGUAUGCUGUUAAUGUCCCUAUCAGUGUAAAGCAAGAAAUUACCUUUACUGAUGCAUCUGAACAACAGAAACGAGACAAAAAACAAAUACGAGAGCCAGUAGAUUUGCAGAAAAAGAAGAAAAGAAAACAGCGUUCACCAGCAAAAAUCCUUACAAUAAAUGAGGAUGGAUCACUUGGUCUGAAAACCCACAAAUCUCACGUUUGUGAGCAUUGCAAUGCUGCCUUUAGAACCAACUACCAUUUACAGAGACAUGUCUUCAUUCAUACAGGUGAAAAACCAUUUCAGUGCAGUCAGUGCGACAUGCGUUUCAUACAGAAGUACCUGCUACAGAGGCAUGAGAAGAUUCAUACUGGUGAAAAGCCAUUUCGUUGUGAUGAAUGUGGUAUGAGGUUUAUUCAGAAGUACCACAUGGAAAGGCACAAAAGAACUCACAGUGGAGAGAAGCCUUACCAGUGUGAAUAUUGUUUGCAGUAUUUCUCCAGGACAGAUCGAGUGCUGAAACACAAACGUAUGUGCCAUGAGAACCGCGACAAGAAACCGAACAGAAGUGCCACCAAAGUUGGCUUUUUGCCAUCCGAGGAAGAUUCGGGUUUCUCCACACCUAUGAAAGACAGCUCCUUGCCAAAGAAGAAAAGGCAGAAAACAGAGAAAGCAAAAUCUGUGGAUAAGGACGGUACGGAUAAAUCGGAACAGAAGAAGGACAAAAAUGACUAUUUGCCUUUGUACUCUUCCAGUACUAAAGUAAAAGAUGAAUACAUGGUAGCAGAAUAUGCUGUUGAGAUGCCACAUUCUUCGGUCAGUGGAACGCACUUAGAAGAAGCAAAUUCCGGAGAAAUACACCCACCUAAGCUUGUUCUCAAGAAAGUUAACAGCAAGAGGAGUCUGAAACAGCCACUUGAGCAAAGUCAAACCAUUUCACCUCUAUCUACAUAUGAAGACAACAAGGUUUCAAAGUAUGCCUUUGAUCUUGUGGAUAAGCAAAGUUUACUGGACUCUGAAGGUAAUGCUGACAUUGAUCAAGUUGACACAUUACAGGAAGGGCCCAGUAAACCUGUACACAGCAGCACUAAUUAUGAUGAUGCAAUGCAGUUUCUAAAGAAAAAAAGGUAUCUACAAGCAGCUAGUAAUAACAGGGAAUAUGCCUUGAAUGUAAGUACCAUAGCAUCUCAGCCUUCAGUAACACAGGCGGCUGUGGCCAGCGUCAUCGAUGACACUGCUACAGCCUCCAUAUUGGACACGCAGGCACUGAAUGUGGAAAUCAAAGGUAACCAUGACAAAAACGUCAUUCCGGAUGAGGUGCUGCAGACUCUGUUAGAUCAUUAUUCGCACAAGGCUAACGGACAACACGAGAUAUCUUUCAGUGUGGCUGACACUGAGGUGACCUCUAGCAUAUCAAUCAAUUCUUCUGAAGUAUCUGAGGUCACCCAGUCUGAGACAGUUGGAACAAGCUCUCAAGCGUCCUCAUCAGAUAAAGCUACUAUGUUACAAGAAUAUUCCAAGUUUUUACAGCAAGCUUUGGACAGAACUAGCCAAAAUGAUGCCUAUUUGAACAACACGAGCCUUAAUUUUGUGACUGAUAACCAGACUCUUACAACCCAGCCAGCAUUUCCUUCCAUGGAGAAGGUCUACACGUCUAUACCCGUCAAUAGCUUUCGAUCGGGAAUGAACUCUCCAUUAAGAACAACUCCAGACAAGUCUCAUUUUGGACUAAUGGUCGGUGAUUCACAGCACCCUUUUCCCUUUUCAGGUGAUGAGGCAAAUCAUUCUUCUUCCUCCUCUACACAGGACUUCUUGGAUCAGGUAACUUCUCAGAAGAAAGCAGAGGCACAGCCUGUUCACCAAGCAUAUCAAAUUAGCUCCUUUGAGCAGCCCUUUAGAGCUCAGUACCAUGGGGCAAGAGCUGGAAUAUCAUCUCAGUUUAGCACUGCCAAUGGACAGGUGAACCUUCGGGGACCAGGGACAAGUGCUGAUUUCCCAGAAUUUCCCUUGGUGAAUGUAAACGAUAGCAGAGCUGGGAUGACUUCUUCACCCGAUGCCACAACGGGCCAGACUUUUGGCUAGGAAAUCUUUGUAAAUAAUACUGGCACUUUAGAACACACUUAUCAAAAGGGGGUUGCUCUGUGUAAGAUGGAGUUCUGUACAGCUUUGAAGAGCGCUGUGUUGAAGCAAGAGUAAGCUGAUGUUAGCAAGACCAAUACCUGCUUUUUUUUUCCCCGGUUAGUCACCAGUCAUUGAACUGCCUGAUGUUGGUGCCCUUAUCAAAGGCAGUUCGUUAUUCACUUGUUGAAAUCCAGAAAAUAUUUUACCUUCUAUGAAAUUUAAAAUAAAAUCCCCAGGUAAGAGUUUCCCCCAUGAUUGUUUCUUUACUGGUUUACUUGUAUGCUUUGGGAGGACAGUUUGUUGUCUGAUACUAUUCAUAUUGUCAUUUCCAAGCUUGUCAGCAUAUUCGUUGCUCUUCAGCAGGGAAUCGGCAUGUACUGAACACAAAGAAUAAACAGUAAGUUUCAAAGUCAAGCAAAUAAUGGCUUUAAAAUUCGACAUUUUCUAAAAAAACAAUCUUCCAUCUCUCUCAACAAUAUUUUUAGAUCACGUGCCCUUUAUUUCUUCUUUUUAUUACCUUCAGUUGUGUUUGGAGGAAACAAUGAAUUCUGAUAGGCUAACUCUACUAUUUAAAAGUCUAAUUAAUUUAAAAUACUUUAAACACUUUUUAAGCAAAAUGCCUAACUGCUAAAGCCUUUACUUCAUUCCUGAAGUAAUGUGUAUUAUUUCUUUGUACAGCAGAAUCUAGAUGUAACUUUUUAAUGACUUUUUCAUACGCGGAUAUCAAGAUUUUGAAGUUUUGGUUAAAAUACUCUGUAGAUGACAUUCCCAAUUACAUAAUGCUUACACAAACUGUGUAUUCCAAGAUUUAAAAGCUUAAUUGUACCUUACCCUACAUACUCAUAAUGAUUAACAUAGAGCACUUAGCCAACUUGAUAGUUUUUGAUUUCU